AUGCCGAAACGCCCGGACUUUCUUGACCUGCGGGCGGAUUCGCACUCUUCUGCCAUGUCGUCGAGCUCCAGGCCUUUGCGAUCCCCGCGCAUGCACGUCGCUGGUGAAGCGCCGCCAGAGCUGUCUCCCCUCGAUGCAUUUGCCCUUCAGAGUCGCCUGCUGGCCAAGCAGCUGCAGGAAAGCAACAGGGAUGGAAACAGGAUGAGCAGAUUACCCCCCCUUACUGUUGAAUCGCCUUUGAUUGUCCAAGGCCGAUCAGAGUACUUCCGUUCAAUGUCAGCAGAAUCUGUAUCGGAUCCUGAAUCUCCGGAACCCUCCUCUGGCUUUGGCCUCAAAACCGAAAUCGAGGAUGCAUUUGCAAACGAGGAACGGCCCAAGUCGAUGCACCCACGCAUGAGCCAGAUACCGCCUACCCCCGACGUUGACGUACCGGCCUUGCCUGGAUCAUUUCCAUAUAUUCUACGGGGACGACAAAUGUACCCCGUCCAGGAACGUGGACAUGUCUUUGGUGCUCGCCAAGAGCGUUCACCAUCACCGAUCCGGAGUGAUAGCCAGUCCCAACAUGAAAAGCACUCUGAGCCAUCACCCGCUUGCAAGGACAAUAGCUCACAAUCCACUUCUUCACGGAACGCACCUGUUUCUACAGGGUCUCCAGAGAGAAUGAAGCAAGGCCGCUUUGAUGAACUGGGUCUUGUGCCACCGCCCUCCCUCUUCCCCAGACGCUCAUCAAGCAUCCUCUCCUCCCCUGUCCUUGAAGACGACGAGAACUCGAGCAAUAUGGGCAGUUCGUUCCAUUCCUUGCCACGUAAACUCUCCUCCGGCAGUGCUGCUCUGGCGAGUUCUGUGCAUUCCCCUGCCUUGAGCUCAUCCUUUAAGAGGUCGCCGUCCGCUGCAUCUGAUUCAUCCCCCCUUCCACGGCCGUCUUUCAACUUCUCGCGACCGCUUAGUAGAGCUGGCACACCUGGGUUCGACGCACCGACCCGUCAGGCUUCAUCAGACAGCCAGCCAUCAUUCAUUCUGGCUGAUGAUACUGCGCACACUCCUGUUAGCAUGCAUAGCGAGGCUUUUAUGGAUCAGCAGACGGAUGACGGUAAAGGUGCUGCUCCAUCGUACAUUCAUUCCAAAUUUUCUCUUCCAAGAGGCAAAGCGCUUCAAAGACAAGAGCCAAAUGAGAUCACUUCGGAACAGCCCAUGGAAUCAUCCAGCAAUGCCCAACGUUAUCCCAAUGGCGCACCUCCAUCGCCUCCUACUCGGCCUUCUAGUUCAUCCGCUAGAACGGUUCCUGACGAUGCGAUUAGCACGGUGAGUGGUAUAACUAGGCCGUCCAUGGAUGUUGGUAAAGUAAGCAUGGAGAGCUCGAGACUCGCAGCUACUGGUGCAUCGUCAUUUCCUCCACGGCUAUCAGUUGACGCGCUUCGGAAGCCUGAGGAUGGUUCAAGAGGACGAGCCCUCACAUCAGCGCUGCAUGAGCAAUCCCGGGGCAGGACACCAGCCUCUACAAACACAAGCGAUUCUGCCAGCACAAUUCGGCCGCCACCUACGUCUAGAUCCUUGGCUCCAACGGCCUCCGAAAUGUCGGCAGAAGAACAUUUGGCCAAGGGCAUUGAGUGUCAUGAGAAGGGCUCCUUGAAUGAGUCGACAUACCAUCUCAGACUAGCUGCAAGACAGAAUUUGCCAACUGCCAUGUUGCUAUAUGCCCUUGCAUGCCGACAUGGUUGGGGUAUGCGAGCUAAUCAACGAGAAGGUGUCGAAUGGUUGAGAAAGGCAGCUGAGCAUGCCAGCAUCGAAAUCGCGGAUGACGAAGAUCAAGUGAAAGAGGGCCGUGCUGCCCCAGCUGCUGUGGCCGAGAGGCGGGCGCGCAAAGCCCAGUUUGCUUUGAGCAUUUACGAGCUGGGUGUCUCUCAUAUGAAUGGAUGGGGCAUCGAACAAGACAAAUCUCUUGCCCUGCGAUGCUUUGAGAUUGCUGGAACUUGGGGUGAUGUCGACGCCCUUGCAGAAGCAGGAUUCUGCUAUGCUCAAGGCAUUGGAUGCAAGAAGAACCUGAAGAAGAGCGCCAAGUUUUACCGCAUGGCUGAAGCAAAAGGAAUGAGCAUGGUGGGAAAUAGCUGGAUCCACAAAGCCAAAUACAAUGACGACGACGAGCCGUCACCAAGCAGGGACAGGAAUAAGACGCGCAGCAAAUCCCGUACACGCACCAUGUUUGGCCUCAAGUCUUGA